UCCCUGUGCGCUGUAGGCGGCGGCGCCGUGCUCCCGCGUUCCCCGCCCCCAGUCCGCCGAGGACCGUUGGGCGGCUUCCCAGCGAGAGGCGCGCGGGGCUCGGCUGCUCUGGGCCCGCCUCCUGCCCGCUGCCGCCCCUGCUCCCGCUCCAGCGUCCGCCUGAGUCACGGUAGUGAGUGCUCCCGAGCCUCUGGGCCCCCGGCGCGGCUCGCGGAAAUCGUAUCAACCUGUUGAGGAUGUCCAAGAACCGUGACGACAAGCCUCACCCAAGCGAUUCAGAGGGAACUCUGGAAGAUGGUGUAGAUGGGGCUGAUGAAUCCAUCCGAAAGAGGAUCCGGCAGAGCACUCCCAGCCCGCAGAGACUGCCAAGGCCGCAAUCCAGCCCUCCUCGCCUUGUGUCUGUGGAUGAACUCAUGGAGACUGUCAAAGGAGUCACCAAUAUGGCGUUGGCCCAUGAGAUUGUAGUCAAUGGGGAUUUCCAGAUAAAGCCCACAGAGCUGCCAGAAGAGAGCUUGGAGAAGAGGGUCAGGGAGAUUGUCCAUAAAGCCUUCUGGGAUUGCUUGAGUGUCCAGCUAAGCGAAGACCCACCGACUUAUGACCAUGCCAUCAAGCUUGUUGGGGAGAUCAGAGAGACCCUCUUAUCUUUCUUGCUGCCUGGUCACAGUAGAUUGAGAAACCAGAUCAGAGAAGUCCUCGACCUGGACCUGAUAAAGCAGGAGGCGGAGAAUGGAGCCCUGGACAUUUCCAGGCUGGCUGAAUUCAUCAUUGGGAUGAUGGGAACGCUCUGUGCCCCAGCUAGAGAUGAGGAGAUUAAGAAACUGAAGGACAUUAAGGAAAUAGUUCCCCUUUUCAGGGCAAUGUUUUCCGUGCUAGACCUAAUGAAGGUAGACAUGGCUAACUUUGCUGUCAGUAGCAUUAGGCCGCAUCUCAUGCACCAGUCAGUUGAAUAUGAAAGGAAGAAGUUUCAAGAAUUUUUCGAGAAGCAACCAAAUGCCCUUGACUUUGUCACCCAGUGGCUAGAAGAGGCCUCGGAAGACCUCAUUAAUCAGAGGAACAAAAAUUCCCUGAUGGCUGGGGAGGGUGCUCGGGGCCCUGAGGAGAUGGCCGCACCAUGCUUUCUGACCGUUCAGAACCAUGCCUACAUGAAGCUUCUGAAGUGGGACCAUCUGCACCGACCCUUCCCCGAAACUGUCCUGAUGGACCAGCCCCGCUUCCAGGAGAUGCAGCAGGAGCUCGAGAAGCUCAGCGUGGUGGGGGCAACCUUGUUGGUCACCUAUAGUGCCUCAGCCCCAGGGGUGUCCAGCCUCGCAGGCUUUGCUGAGAAACUCAAGAUGGUCGUCCAGGUCCUGCUGACAGACAUGCAUCUGCCAGCCUUUAAUCUGAACGAAGCCCUUGCCACCAUUGGGGAGAAAGUGUGCGUGGAGGUGACUGGCUGCCUGGCCCAGUGUGGAUUCACCCCUUUCAGUGCCGACAAGGAAAUAGCCCUAAAAGGACAGAUCCAAGCAAUUGCCAGCCCUGAUGACCCCAUUCGCAAGCUUGUGGAUGCCAGAAUCCAGGCCUUCUUGGAGGCUUACCUUGCCUCUGGUCUCCAGAAGUCACUACCCGCAGUUCCUGGGGGCUUAGGCCCUAUCCAGAAAGAAUUGGAAGAGGUGGCUGUCAAGUUUGCACGUCUGGUCAACUACAACAGGAUGGUCUUCAGUCCUUACUAUGACGCCAUCCUCAGUAAGAUAUUCAAGCCGGAGGGCUCCCGCAUCUCAAUCAGCUUGUAGAGGGUCCCGACCCCUGCCGGCAGCAGCAGCAACAGUGUUUAUCUAGUUGGCUACCGACCCCUCUUCUCUACUAUAACGUUGCUCUGGAAAAUGGCUUUCUCUUUAAUACAUUCCCUUUCUCAGUAUUGAUUCUAAAAGGGAAAACGUGUCACCAUAGGACAACAAGAAAAGAGAUGCCCUGUACUCCGAAUUCCGUUCUGGGGGCGCUGUAUGUACUUAUGAGUGGACGUUUACAAGCUGAAGGAACUUCCAUUUUUGUGGGCUCUCAGGAGAACGCUGGGCUCAGAAGGAGCUGAGCUGGCCCCACCUCUUCCGUGUCAGGAUGGACCUUUGUUGCUGGAAGGCUCACCGUCUUUCCUGGGGCCAGGGUAGCUUCUGCUCUAGACACUCAGUGGGCAUAGGCAGGAAAAGGUCAAGCGAGCUCGCUGCGAGCCCUUGAAGCUUGCCGCUGGAGAGUCCUGGGUGGAGCUGGACCGCGGGGAAAAUUACCUCUAGCCUUGCUGUUUCUCCUGGUUUUCCUUCUGGGGAUUUCUCCCUGCCAGGCCAAAUGGGCCCUCUGGGUGCUGGAAGGAUUCACAUUUUUCUAGAGAAUUUUUUUCUGGUUAUCAGGAACUCAUUGUUUGCCAUAGAAUGAUCCCCAAGCCUGGAUUGUGGCAACUCAGACCCUUGGGGCCUGGAGAAGAGGAAUUUCUUCCACCCUUUGGAGUGCUUGGGAUUUGGGGGGGUUCAUUUUUAGGGGGAAAAGAUGCAAAUUUGAUGUCAUUCUGAAGAUGGACAGAAGAAGUGUGAUUUUCCCUUGAGGCUUAGAUUGAGAUCUUACUUUCUAGUACAAUGGACAGGAUGGGAGUGAUGAGUCCUGAGGUCUGGGGGUGAGGGCAGAAUUUUCUGAGCUCACUAAAUGCUCUUCAUUCUUGCAGAAGAGGUUAAAUGGGGUGUGUACAACCUUUGUCCCAGAUGCAGCCCUAGCUUUAGAGACUGUCCUUUGAACCUGCUCCCUGGGCAGUAAAUGGGUAACAGCUUGGGGUCAUGGGCUCGACCUUUUAAACACAUGCACUUCAGAGAAGCCCAGCAUCGGUGUAGCUGGUUGGGAGGUAUUCCCCCACUGCCAGCUCCCACCUGGCCUGAAACCUUGGUGCAGGACCGGCCUCACUGUCCCCUAGGUGUAUGCUGUGUAGUCAGGGGCAGGAUCCCCGUUCCUUUUGUAUCUGGGGUUAGGUUCGGCUCUGCCCCAAAUGGUGUGAAAGCAAGAAUAAGCUGCAAUAAUGGGGCUGUCCUCUGCACUCAAAGUCCAGGUUCUGAAACUCUCAUUCAAGGCAACUUUUAAAUAACUUCUUGUGGAACUAUUGGGGAAAAUAGAGAAAGGAUAGGAUUUUAGGCAAAAUCAGACCAUUGACCAGCAGGAGAGGAACCAGGAGCUUUGGCAAAGACUUGGGAACAGAUUGAGGAAGGCGCAGAUGCUGGAGGCGGGGGCGAGCAGGCUUUAGAGAAGCAGCCAGUUUGAGCCCCAGGAGGUAGUAGGUAGGCAGGUGCUGCAGGAAGGGAGCCAGGAGGGAAGCACAUACAGGAGGGGAUUGACACCCGACCCGCUGGGUCGGCCUAAAUCCUACCCGUCGGCAUGCAGAUUUCAGAAGUUCCCAUAGUUUCAACAAAGGAGUUGGGUGAAGCCCCAGGAGCAGAGGAGGAAAUAGACAAAGGCAGCAAGUGACGGCUUUAGACAAACAGGGCUACCUUUUAGCUCCCAUUUCUUGCUGGAAGAGUGAGGGGGAAAAAAAGAGCAAACUCGGCAUCAGUCGAUUCAGGGUGACUGGGCAAUGAGGGCUGAAUCACAGGACCCUUUCAACCACGAGGCCGCCUGUCCAGCCGGCCCUCUCACGGCCUUAGAUAGCGUCUCCGGAAAACCCGGCCAUUGUGCAUUAGGUCUGCCCUUCCUAGCAAAGCAGAUCUCCACCUUAAUUUGUCAUGGGCUCUUUGAGCAACGCAGUGAAGCCUGCUCUUCUCAGAAUGCUGCCCUUAAAUGCAUAAAGUAAAUUAAAUAGGAUUAUAAAGGAAACCAAUUACAAAUGCUACUAUCAAAAUAUUUUUUAAAAACCAAGUUUGAGGACCCCAGGUGGACGAUCUGGACGUUGUUUGAGGCAGCAUCUAGGUGACAGAGAAUGGGGGCCCGCGUAGGGGGAGGGAAAGGAGGUCCUGGGAAAUCCUCAUUCAUACUGACAAGACCACCUCUGCUUCUACUUCCUGGUUGUAUAGAUGAAGAAACAGGCCCAGAGAGGGGAGUGAUUUGUGCAGGGUCAUGGGGGCCAUUAUGCAGCAGAGCCUGGGAUCCCACCAGGUCCUUUGACUCCAAAUCCAAGGUGUUUACCUCUCACCCAACUGCCUCAAAACCCGUAGCUCCACAAACGAAACUGCCAUGUGAUACAGUCAGUGGAAGGCCCGAGCAAGGCUUCUGACAAUGUAGCCUGGGGUGGCAGCUCAGGGUGGGGGGGAUUCUUUUAAAAGGCCAGAGGGAUGAGGGCCAGUGAUUUGGAGUAAUGGACACAGAGGGAGGUUAGACCAAGCAAUGUUAUGGAAGAAAGAAGUCAGGAGCCUUUCUUUUCUGGUUCUGGUGACUCCCCCCUGAUGGAGCAGCCUUCUGAGCCUCUGUUCCUGGUGGGUGAUUCUUCCUCCGGACAGUUAAGGCCCUAACCUUCUCCCCCCAAAAGUAAUAAAGCUACCAGAAUGAUGCAGAUGACUUUUCCCCUGUGGUUCUGGUUGAAGUUAGGGGCAAAAAAGAUUCUUUUUUUACCUUCCUAAAGUAUUUUGAGUCCUCAUUCAUUGCCAGUAAUUCUUCAGGGGUGAACGUGGGACAGUUUGGAGUGUUGAUGCCUAGGGGCAUCACAGGAAGGUUGGGGAGGCUGGCUGAGUCCCCUGGGCACCUAAAACAGAGGCUGGCUGAGGAUACUCGGGUCAUUUCCCAUGCAAAGAUGAGUUAGCCUCGAUGGUCACUGUGGUCUCUCCCAACACUGAGGAUCCAAAUGUCUGUGGGGUUUCCUGCCACCUUUUCUUCGGUGGUUUUGUGGAUUCGUUUUCUUCUGGAGUUCUCACGGAGUUAACAUUGAGAUGGGGUGAUAUUACAAACCCUUUAGUCGUGAAAGGUUUUCAUUUAGCUGAAUUGGGUCAUUGCACAGUGACAAGCCAGGUCUGUGCUAACCGAUGCCAUGGAGGGGAGGCUGGGAAGGGGGGUAGGUGGAGGAGGCUGAAUUCUUUUGUCUUUUAGCCCUUUCUGGAGAGGGCCAAGCUUGCCUUGGCACAGACAGAGACUGGUAAUGUGGAAGGAACAUCGGCUUUGGAGAGAGACCUGGGUUCGUAUUCCAGCCCUGAUGCUUCCCACCUGUGAGACCUCAGGCAGGUCACUCGGCCUUCAUGGGCCCCUCCCCUGGAAGACACGGGCCUUGGACCAGAUGACUUCCAGAGCUCCUAGCUCUGGGAUCCUGGGAUUAGUGGGCAUGCUGUAGGCAUGUGAGGUUUUGUUUCAAGGAUCUGUAAAAAUGGAGUGGGAGUUACAAGAAGCAGGCCCCUAGUGGGCAAUGGUUGGAUAAGUGAAUGAUGGCCAGCAGCAGAGGGUUCAGAGGUGGGUGAUGUUGAUAUUCUUGUCCCUAUUUCGCUGAUGAGUAGUUAGGCUUAGGGAGAAAUGACUUGUCCAAGGUCAGUACAUCUCAAAAAGGGUCCAGGCUGGGACUCGGAGCCUCAGGUCUUCAGACUCAUGUCUGGCAUUUUUUUUUUGCCACUUUGCCAUAUGCAUAGUAGUAGUUUAUGAUCUCAUUUUGCUUCUUAAUUGAAUUUUUCCAGUUAACAAAAUUUUAUUUUUUUUCCCCUUACACCCUUCCAGGAAAGAAAGGCAGAAAAACAAAGCUCUUUAAACAAAUACGCAUCAUCAAGCAGAAUAAAUUCUUACAUUGGCCAUGACUGAAAAAUGUGUGUCUCACCCUGCACCCCAAGUCCACCAUUUGUCUGUCAGCAGGUGGGCCACAGAGCUCCUUUCUUUUAAAGAAAUACUGCAGUUCCGUAGACAGGAUUCUUUGUGUGAAUUUGAAAUCCAAGUGGAAAUGUCAGUGUAAAGACAGCGUGGAUGUGGGUCAGUGUGAAAAUCAUAGAUUUACCACGGAGGCACAACAGUCCAUGUCCAGUGACGAAGGCAUCUAAUAAUGGCUGUCCCUGGUUCAUAAUUAGAGCUUCCAGGGGUCCCCAGCCUUUUCGGGGAAAGGGCCCCCCAGCCUUGCUGAGGAUAGGAGAAUGUACUAGCAGUUGGUAGUAAAGUCCCCUUAGAAUCUCGACAUUCGUUGAGUCUUCAUUUUUACAUGUUGAAUGCCUGAAGACCAGGAAGGUGAAGUGAUGUUGGUUCGAGACUGCCAGAGUAGUAAGAGUGGCCGUGUGAAGGUACUGAGUGGGGAAGGGACACCACUGUCAGGUAAGACCUGGGGAGGCAGGGAGGCCAGGCCUGCUGCUGCAGGCUCUGAACUUGGCCAUGAUGCUUCAGAAAGCACAGAGUUCGACCCUUUGUUAUAAGGCAGCCCAGUCUCAAGCCCGCUGGUAGGAGAAGGGGGAAACCUGAGCUUUGGUUCUAGGCUUGUCCCUUGACUUUGCUGAAGCCAGUCACUUGGGUUUUACCAUCUGUAAAGGGAAGGGACCGUGUGACCUCCAAGUCUGGUGGAACUCGGACACACACGCUCAAUGUAUGAAUGAUUCGGUUAUUGGAGUUAUACUCUUCCAUCCACUCUCGUUCCAGAGCUGCAGCCAACCCUGUUCCCUUUGCCUUGGUCUCAUUAGCCCCUCUUCUUCUUCCUAAUUCCCUCUUGUCAACAAAGGGCCUUGUUAAACACACCAUACUGGCCUAACCUAGUUAACUACCUUUGCCAAAGACAAUGGUGCAGGCCUUCAGAAAACAGUGUUUAGGCCUGUGCAUUAAGUGCCCACAGGGCUGGUUUCAAGAUGCCCAAUUCAGAGGUUGGUCUGAGUAACAGAAUUUUCAGUGAGGCCCCAUGUUGUACUGCAUACUGUGAGGUGAUUGCCAAAUCUCCUGUAUUGGGAAUUCUGUGGGGCACACCUGGUCUGGACUUGAAGGACUGUUGCUUAAAUUGUGGUCCAUGCUUAGGAAGCCAUGGAAACUCCCACUGAAGACCUUUCCCUACAGGUAAAAACCAACAAUACUGCUAUGGGCUCUGAUACCCAGUUAGGGCUAUUACUUAUGUCCUCAUUGUGUGAAUAGUCUCUGGAAGAUUUGCACCAAGAUGUAGACAAGAAUGGCCCCACAGGGUGGAUAGCUUUCCAUCUACACUGGUGGAACAGGUACCCACACCAGUGAGAUCAUGGACCCAACUGACCUGGGAGCAUUUAAAUACAAGUUCUUUUCUUGUAAUUAAUGGCAGUUAAGCAGCCUUACUGGGUUCUAAAAAAUAUCAGCUUCUCUGAUCCACAGAAUUUUGACCAGGGCAUCUCCUGUUAAUUAGGUUUCUAGAAGAUGAGUAAACAUAAGUGAACAUCAGCUGCCUGAAAAAAUAGGUUUUAGGUGUUAUAAUUCUCAGGUAUUUUUUUUAGUAUGCUACCACAGUGGAAUUCAGUAAAUAUUUACUAAUUUAAAUGUGUUUUGCUAUUUAUGAAAUACACUUCAGGGCUGGUUUAGAUAUGUUAGCUCCUGGAUCUAAAUCCCAGCACUAGGCAAAUGAACACAGUGGUGGCUGAGGUUCAUUGCCAGGAAGGAAAUAUGAGUUGUUUAAUUUAGUAUUCUGAAAUCCCAGCAACCAUUUUAUUUGCUAUGUAAACAAAUUGUUUACUUUAGGAAUAAAACUGUAAUCAGAAUUAAUUUGUGAACUUAAUUGUUUUGUCAUCUGAUUUAUAGUUGUGGCAACUAAACAGGUAUAGAAAAAUUAAGGGUUCCAAAUCAUCACGCCAAGACUAAUGCUGAUGGAAGUGAACGAGAUGAUUUUCUGUCUUCUUGUUGGAACCAUUAUGAAUUGACUGGGUGGCUUACACAGUCCUUUGUUUUGGCUGUAAAUUAGUUAUGUUAAUCUCGUGAACACCUUGUUUGGAAAAAUCUUGUUUCUUUGGCAACUUUUCAGGUCUGACAGUAACUCUUGUGAAAAAGCUGGUAUCCACAAGAAGGUUAAUGUGAUGGCACUAUGGGGGCCUAAGAGUUAAACUUUUAAAGAGAAGUUCUGAGUUACUAACUUGCCGAGAAAUCUUUAAUGUUAAUUAUAAAAUCAGUUUGUGUUUACAUAAGAAUUCAGUUAUCAUAUAUUCAUAAAACUCUAUAAUAGCUCCUGAGUUAAAACAUUAAGAAAAGUUUUCUUCCUGUGAGAAAGAAUCCCUUUCCUGUUUGAAAAUGAACGAUUUCUAAAGCAAAAAAAGCCUAGGAAUAGUUACAGUAGACACCAUCAUAAAUAAAUAUAAUCCUAGAAAUCUGCAUUGGCCCUGAUCUUCCAAAGGUCAGUCUCCAAGGCCAGUCUGAAAGGCCAGUGGGCAUACCUUACUUAGCUGCACUAUGUUCAUUGUGGGUUUGUUUGGGUGUUUUUUUUGUUGUUGUUGUUGACUUUUUUAAAAAUUUCUAUUUUCUUCCACUUACAUGUUAAAACAAUUUUUAACAUGUUUUUAAAAAAUUUUGAGUUCCAAAUUCUCUCCCUCUCUGUCAUUCUGGGUUUCUCUAUGGUUUUGUUGAUAGAAUCAGAGCUCCUGGGCAGAGGCUCCUCAGAAGCCACUAGUCCCAGUCCUCAUUUUACAGCUAAGUAAAUUGGGGCCCAGGGAGAUUCCAAGAGUUUUGCCCACAUUGACACAGAGUCAGAGAUGGGAUUUUUACUCUGUAGUCCUUCACUGAAGAAAAGUGGGUCCUCUUUCCUCUGGACCCCACAUGUAGCUUAUGGGAACCUGCCCCAGCCCCACGAGCCACCCACGGGUGUCCUGAGCCUUCAGUUCAGCUCCUCCUCCAGCAUCCUAUUUCGAGAGAGGCUCUGCUGCUUUCUUUUAGUCUCAGCUGUCUGGUACCGCUUGUGCCUUCAAGGUUCUUGAGGCAGGGGCUCUGCCUACAUUUGGGACACUUUGUAGACAGCUUAACAAACCAAACUAUGAGAACCAUAGGUUGAAAAGGAUGCUGUCAUCUCCAUGCCCUCCAAACUUAAGAGUGUACAAAAUAUGAGCUGUAGCCAUCCACAUUUAUUCUGACAACCUUAGCUUUAACUGGAGAACGUAAUGAGACUAUACAUGCUGGUGACUUAAUAUGUUUAUAGCUUUGAUCUAGACUUGUAAGACAAUAGUUUAAGAAACUGGUGUUAAAAAUUGUUUUUCUGUUUUUCGUGUUUAAGCUCAGUUGCAGUGGUGAGACUUUGUGUCUGAAAUCUCAAUGACAGAUUACUGUAUAAAAGUUGUGUGGUGCAUGCCCAAUAAUAAUUGUGAUAGAAUA